UUUCAAAGCAAGGCGGGAUCCAGUAAACAGCAGAAUGGCGCACUGAGCUAAUCUCAUAAAGCUAGCUAUCUGACUAGCUGUGUUAGUGACUUCUUUUUACUCGUUAUUUAUGAGUGCUCAUAUUAAUAAACUGUCUUAAAUUAAGUGCAGAAUGGAUUCUGAAUCCGGACAAAAUAUAAAAUCAGAUCAUGAUGGCGCUGAAACUUUAAAAUUUACACCACAAAGAGGCGGAACUUUGCUAGCAUCAAGAAAAAGGACGCUCCACUCAGGAUGGAAGAAAGUCAACUCCAGUUUUAAAUCUCCAGUUCAGGUUUCCAGCACGCUGAAUAACGGGGUGUGUGUCGAGGAGGAGAUCAGAGAACUACAGAACACACUGCUGCAGCUGGAGUCUGACAUCACGCUGUUAGAAAGCGAAGGCGUCUGUGUGCACGAGCUCGAUCUCCACAUUAACCUGCUACACGAAUAUAACGACAUCAAGGACAUCGCACAGACUCUUCUAGGCAGGCUGGCCGGCCUGCGCAGCGUCACCACACGCGACUUGUACGCUCAGUUCGGCAUGGAGCUGGACGACUGAUUGGCUGAGCUGCGCUGUGGGAGGACCGAACACGGCGCUAACGCUGGCGGACGAUUCUGGAGCAGAAAGCAUUUCAUCAUCCUCACGAACGCGGUGGUGUGAUGAAGCGGAGUCACUAACACACCCCGAAGUUCAUCGUUUCAUACUACAGCACGUCCCCAAGUGUUUUAUUCCUCUUAUACCACAGCAAAUUGCUAAUGAUUACGAUCUUUUAGUUAUUAAACAACAGUCCUUCCCUCA